GCCGGACACUGAGAGGAAGUAUAACGGCAGCAGCUUUGGAAAAAGGAAUAUUAUACAUCGAGGGAAUCUGUCACGGAUAAACGGGACAGUGUCGCUUCUCUAUCCACAAAGACAGCUAGCUGCUCUUACAGGACUUACACAUUCUAGCUGCGGUGUAGCUGUGGGGUGCAAUGGAGGAUGGGAAGCCUGUGUGGGCGCCCCACCCAACCGAUGGAUUCCAGCUGGGCAUGAUAGUGGACAUCGGUGCGGACACACUCACCAUAGAACCUCUGAAUCAGCGAGGAAAGACCUUCCUGGCUCCCAUCAACCAAGUCUUCCCUGCUGAGGACGAUGUGAACAAACAUGUGGAAGACAACUGUUCUCUUAUGUAUUUGAAUGAGGCCACACUUCUGAACAAUAUCCGUAUCCGUUACAGCAAAGACUUGAUCUAUACUUUUGUGGCUAACAUCCUGAUUGCCGUGAACCCGUAUUUUGACAUCCCUAAACUGUACACCCCAGAGUCCAUCAAGACCUAUCAGGGACGCUCUUUGGGGACACUGGCUCCUCAUGUCUAUGCUAUCGCGGAUAAGGCCUACAGGGACAUGAAGGUUCUGAAGAUGAGUCAGUCCAUCAUUGUGUCUGGAGAAUCUGGUGCUGGAAAAACAGAAAACACAAAGUUUGUUCUCAGGUAUUUAACCACAUCUUAUGGCACAUGUCAGGAUAUAGAUGAGAGGAUUGUUGAAGCCAACCCCCUACUUGAGGCUUUUGGAAAUGCAAAGACGGUCAGGAACAACAACAGCAGCCGUUUUGGAAAAUUUGUUGAAAUUCACUUUAAUGAGAAGAAUUCAGUUGUGGGAGGAUUUGUCUCACACUAUCUGUUGGAGAAGUCUCGGAUUUGUAUGCAAAGUCCGGAAGAGCGAAACUAUCAUAUAUUUUACAGGCUCUGUGCAGGGGCAUCAGAGGACAUCAGGAAUAUGCUUCAUCUCAACUCUCCGGACAACUUCCGGUAUUUGAAUGGCGGCUGCACUCGAUACUUUGCAAACAAGGACUCGGAUAAACAGAUUAUGCAAAACAGGAAAAGUCUUGAGCAUGGGAAAGCAGGGGCUCUGAAAGACCCUUUGCUGGAUGACCUUGGAGACUUCAACAGGAUGGUGGUGGCCAUGAAAAAAAUCGGCCUGGAUGACACAGAGAAGCUCAAUCUCUUCAGAGUGGUGGCUGGAGUCCUUCAUCUCGGAAAUAUCGACUUUGAGGAGACAGGAAGCACCUCUGGUGGCUGCAUUCUGAAGAAACAGUCCAGUCAGACUCUGGAAUACUGUGCUGACCUGUUGGGCCUGGACCAGGAUGACUUGAGAGUAAGCCUCACCACCAGGGUCAUGCUCACCACUGCAGGGGGCGCCAAAGGCACAGUCAUCAAGGUGCCUCUUAAGGUGGAACAGGCCAACAAUGCCCGUGAUGCCCUCGCCAAAACAGUUUACAGCCGGCUCUUUGAUCAUGUGGUCAAACGGGUCAACCGGUGCUUCCCCUUUGAUACGUCCUCCAACUUCAUCGGCGUCUUGGACAUUGCUGGCUUUGAGUAUUUCGAGCACAACAGCUUUGAGCAAUUCUGCAUCAACUAUUGUAAUGAAAAACUGCAGCAGUUUUUUAAUGAACGCAUACUGAAAGAGGAGCAAGAGCUAUAUCAGAAGGAGGGUCUGGGAGUGAAUGAAGUUCAUUAUGUGGAUAACCAGGACUGCAUAGAUCUGGUUGAGGCAAAGUUGGUGGGUAUCUUGGAUAUUCUGGAUGAAGAGAACCGUCUUCCCCAGCCCAGUGAUCAGCACUUUACAGAGGUGGUUCACAGCAAGCAUAAAGAUCAUUUCCGUCUGACUGUGCCCAGGAAGUCCAAGCUUACAAUCCACAGGAAUCUGAGAGAUGAUGAAGGUUUCAUCACAAGACAUUUUGCUGGUGCUGUGUGCUAUGAGACUACCCAGUUUGUGGAGAAGAAUAAUGACGCCCUCCACAUGUCCUUGGAGAGCCUGGUGUGUGAGUCGAAGGACAAGUUUAUCCGGGAUCUCUUUGAGAACAACUCCAGUUCUAAGGACUCCAAGCAGAAGGCUGGCAAGCUCAGCUUUAUCAGUGUGGGAAACAAAUUCAAGACCCAGCUGAACCUUCUGCUUGAAAAGCUUCGCAGUACGGGCUCUAGUUUCAUCCGUUGUGUGAAGCCCAAUCUGAAGAUGGUCAGUCACCAGUUUGAAGGAGCCCAGAUUCUGUCUCAGCUGCAGUGCUCCGGUAUGGUAUCAGUGCUGGACCUGAUGCAGGGCGGCUUCCCUUCCCGAGCUCCAUUCCACGAGCUUUACAACAUGUACAAGCAGUACAUGCCCAGCAAACUCACGAGACUGGAUCCUCGACUCUUCUGCAAAGCUCUGUUUAAAGCACUGGGCCUAAACGAGAACGAUUACAAGUUUGGAUUGACCCGGGUUUUCUUCCGUCCUGGAAAGUUUGCAGAGUUUGACCAGAUCAUGAAGUCUGAUCCGGAGCACCUGGCUGAGCUUGUAAAACAGGUCAAUAAGUGGCUGGUGUGCAGCCGAUGGAAGAAGAUCCAGUGGUGCUCGCUGUCAGUCAUUAAAUUGAGAAACAAAAUGAAGUACAGGGCCAGAGCCUGCAUCAAGAUUCAAAAGACAGUUCGCAUGUGGCUGUGCAAAAGACGACACAAGGCUCGCAUUGAUGGCUUGGUUAAAGUGAAAAAUUUAAGGAAUAGGAUGGAGAAGUUCAACGAGGCUGUCAAUGGACUCAAGGAGGGCAAACAGGAGAUGAGCAAGCAGGUAGAGGAACUGGCCACCUCCACCGAUGCCCUCAUGUCUAAGAUUAAGUCCACGUUGAUGAGCCGCAAUGAGAUUGAUCAGGAAUACGAGGGCCUGGUGAAACGCUCAGAGCAGCUCCUCUUCUCCAUGCAGAAGAAGAAGCAGGAGCAGGAGGAGACGGAGAGACUCAAGCACAUCCAGGAAGACAUGGAGAAAGAGAGGAAGAGACACGAGGAAGAGGAGCAGUUGCGCAAACAGGAGGAAGAGGACCGCCGCAUGAAAGCUGAGAUGGAGCAGAAGAGGAAACAGGAGGAGGAGGAGAGAAAGAAAAGAGAAGAGGAAGAGCGAGUCAUGCAGGCAGAACUGGAGAUGCAGCUUGCAUUGGAGCGAGAGGAAGACACUCAGAGGCAGACUGUGUUGGAACAGGAGAGAAGGGACAGAGAGCUGGCCAUGAGAAUCGCUCAGAGCGAGGCAGAACUCAUCCAGGAUGAAGCCCAAAUGGACCCCAGCUUGCGCAGGGGUGUGCAGGUGCAGGCCAACAAGGUGGCAACUGGGGUGAAGAAAUAUGACCUGAGCAAGUGGAAGUACGCUGAGCUGCGAGAUGCCAUCAACACCUCCUGUGAUAUAGAGCUGCUGGCAGCAUGCCGUGAGGAAUUUCAUCGUCGUCUGAAGGUUUACCAUGCCUGGAAAUCAAAGAACAAGAAGCGAAACACCGAUACAGAGAUGAGGGCCCCCAAAUCCGUCACUGACUAUGCUCAGCAGAACCCUGCUCCGCCCAUCCCAGCCCGGCAGCAAGAGAUCACAAUGAACCGACAGCAACGUUACUUCCGCAUUCCCUUCAUCCGCCCCGCUGACCAGUACAAAGACCCACAGAACAAGAAGAAGGGCUGGUGGUAUGCUCACUUUGAUGGACCUUGGAUUGCCCGGCAGAUGGAGCUUCAUCCAGACAAGCAGCCAAUCCUCUUGGUAGCAGGUAAGGAUGACAUGGAAAUGUGUGAGCUAAGUCUAGAGGAGACCGGGCUUACACGAAAACGUGGAGCAGAGAUCCUACCACGGCAGUUUGAAGAGAUCUGGGAGCGUUGUGGCGGAAUCCAAUACCUGAGAAACGCCAUCGAAAGCAAGCAAGCUCGUCCCACCUACGCGACCGCCAUGCUCCAGAACCUCCUCAAAUAAAGAUCACCCAUUUCUCCUAAUGGGUCCACAAUAUCUAUACAUAUUUAGAUGUAGAUGGUAGUGUAGCUAAACAAAGGACUUUUCUUCAAGGUGGGCUUUUAGAUGUUCCCCCAGAGGCUUUUUCAUGCUAACUCUAGUCUGAUUUACUGUUCGUUUGUAGUUUUUAUUUUCAUUUUGCUGUGAACUUGGAAACCAGUUUUCAUACAAAUUUGAGCCUUGCUGGAACCUAUUGCUCAGCGAUGCCUUGCGAUUUUCAGACCUAAUUUUAUAGGAAUAGACUCAUUUAAUAGAAAUGUUAUCAGAACACCACACCUGUUCAGACUUAAAAUGAAUGAAAAAGAAAUGCUCUUAAAUAUAAAAUACCAAGUAAUUAUCUUUAUGAAAGACAAUUCCGUAUAACCACACUAAAACAAUUUAUUACACAUGCCUUUCUUAUUCAAGUCUCAUUAUUGUUAACGAAAAUAUAAUUAUAGGACUUACACUUAAAUGGCCAUUACUGCGAAACAACAUUUAAUAUAGUCGAAGUAACUAAAAUCCAUUCAGAUCAUGAUGGUAAAGGCUAAUGAGGAACAUGCACUGGAAUACUUUGUCCUUGGGUUGUAAUAUUUUGUCUCACCUAUGCAAUUGAGGUAAUAGAACUUGCAGACAAAGAUAACUGCUGUGUCACUUCCUAGAAAUGCACCAUCCAUAAUUGCCUUUACGUAUACUUGAUUAUUAAUACAUUUUGUAGAUGCAUUUCAAAGCAGCUUUAGUUCAUAAAGUAUUAGUCACAGCUGUCAUGCUUGGCUUUUCUCAAAUCAUGGUAAUAUGCUAAAGGACAGAUUAAUUUCUGUUCAGUGACGUAGUAAUGGCACCAUUGUUAAUGAUUUGCUGUGAACUCUGAGAUGUGUGCAGUAGAUAUUUCUCUUAUUUUUACAUUUAUUUAUACACCAACUCAAGGAAAUGUUCAGAUUAAAUGAGCUUGAGUGUCUUGUUAUGCUGUUCUCUGGCUCUGUCUUAUCUCAUUUUGGUCAAUAUAACAGCCUGAAGAACAGAAAUAAUGGAAAUGGCAGUAACAUUCCAAACACAUUCAUUUGACAAAUGUGGCGUGGACCAAAUAGCUGCAGUUGAUUAUUUUGCAAUCGUUAUUGAGAUCGUUUAUUCACAUGCUGGUGUUUUUUUUUCAUGGUUUACAUGCUUUGAGCCAUUUCUAAAUGAACUUGUGUCAUCUCAAACUAUCAGUUCAUGAAUAUUGUAAUUGUUAAUUAUUUGUUUCUUGUCUGUCAGUUUAUCUUUGAUGUGUCUAAAUAUACUCUGAUUCUCUCAUUUGUGACAGGCAACUGUUUCUCCAAUCACUUUGCUUGACCAGAAUAAACACAU